UGCCCUCCCACGUUGCUAUGACGAUGAGACUGGCGGGCACACAGCCUUCAGAGCUAAGUGCUGGCUAAAGCAGGUGUCAGAUUGCGAUGAGCUAUGUGGCUUGGAGCCCCAGGAGUGUCUCUGGAAAGUCGGGCGACUGUUGUACUGCAUCUCUCUCGGACAGCUCCUUAACUCCACCGGAACAGGCAGAGUGAAAAUGGUCCAUCACUCAGGCUCCAUUCAGUCCUUUAAACAGCAAAAAGGUAUGAACAUAAGCAAAAGUGAGAUAACAACAGAAGCUUCACUGAAACCAUCUCGGAGAUCCCUGCCUUGCCUGGCCCAUAGCUAUGCUCACUCAAAAAGCUUGAGCCAAUCUGCUUCACUCUUCCAGUCUACUGAGAGUGAAUCUCAGGCUCCAACUUCUGUAACAUUUCUUUCUACUGAUAAACCUGAGCAUGUUAGUUCUGAAGAGAGUAAAAAAGAUUCUACCCUCAAAUGUUCCUUUGCUGACUUCAGUGAGUUUUGCUUGGCUCUGGGAAAAAAUAAGGAUCACAUGGAUGAAUCUGAACAUGCCAACUAUGACCGAUCUCGUCUCCUUAAUGACUUUGUGAUCAAAGAUAAGCCCGAAUCCAAGACAAAGUUAUCUAAGAAUGACAUGAAUUACAUAGCUUCCAGUGGACUCUUAUUUAAAGAUGGCAAAAAACGAAUUGAUUACAUCCUGGUUUAUCGGAAGACAAACAUACAAUAUGACAAAAGGAACACAUUUGAAAAGAACCUGCGAGCAGAAGGCUUGAUGUUGGAGAAGGAGCCAGCUAUUGCAAACCCCGAUAUCAUGUUUAUUAAAAUUCAUAUUCCAUGGGACACACUGUGCAAGUAUGCAGAGAGGUUGAACAUCAGGGUUCCCUUCAGAAAAAAAUGUUACUACACUGAUCAGAAGAACAAAUCAAUGAGCAGGGUGCAAAAUUAUUUCAAAAGAAUCAAAAAGUGGAUGUCCCAAAACCCAAUGGUUCUUGACAAGUCAGCAUUUCCAGAGCUGGAGGAGUCGGACUGCUACACUGGCCCUUUCAGCAGAGCCCGGAUUCACCACUUUAUAAUAAACAAUAAGGACACCUUCUUCAGCAAUGCCACCCGAAGCAGGAUAGUUUACCACAUGCUGGAGCGCACCAAAUAUGAAAAUGGGAUAUCAAAAGUGGGUAUCCGUAAACUUAUAAAUAAUGGCUCAUACAUAGCAGCAUUCCCCCCACACGAGGGAGCCUAUAAGAGCAACCUGCCCAUCAAAACCCAUGGACCUCAGAACAACAGGCAUCUCUUGUAUGAGCGCUGGGCACGCUGGGGAAUGUGGUACAAGCAUCAACCCCUGGACUUAAUCAGGCUAUACUUUGGUGAGAAGAUUGGUUUAUACUUUGCCUGGCUGGGAUGGUAUACUGGAAUGCUGAUUCCUGCAGCAGUGGUUGGCCUGUGUGUCUUCUUCUAUGGAUUAGUUACAAUGAAUGAAAGUCAAGUAAGCCAAGAAAUUUGCAAAGCAACUGAAGUCUUCAUGUGCCCUCUUUGUGACAAGAAUUGCUCAUUACAGAGACUCAACGACAGUUGUAUCUACGCCAAGGUAACAUAUUUGUUUGAUAAUGGAGGGACAGUCUUCUUUGCUAUUUUUAUGGCAAUAUGGGCCACAGUCUUUCUUGAGUUCUGGAAAAGAAGAAGAAGUAUACUAACUUAUGCUUGGGACCUUAUUGAAUGGGAAGAAGAGGAGGAAACACUUCGCCCCCAGUUUGAAGCAAAAUAUUACAGGAUGGAGGUGAUAAACCCCAUCACAGGGAAACCAGAGCCUCAUCAGCCUUCAUCCGACAAAGUCACACGCCUUCUUGUGUCUGUCUCAGGAAUCUUCUUCAUGAUCUCCUUGGUCAUCACAGCGGUGUUUGCAGUUGUAGUGUACCGCCUGGUUGUCAUGGAACAGUUUGCUUCAUUCAAGUGGAACUUCAUCAAACAGCACUGGCAGUUUGCUACAUCUGCUGCUGCUGUCUGUAUCAAUUUCAUAAUCAUCAUGCUGCUGAAUCUUGCCUAUGAAAAAAUUGCAUAUCUCCUCACUAACUUAGAGUAUCCUCGAACAGAAUCAGAAUGGGAAAACAGCUUUGCCUUGAAGAUGUUUCUUUUUCAAUUUGUCAACCUGAACAGUUCUAUCUUCUAUAUUGCAUUCUUUUUGGGAAGAUUCGUAGGCCACCCAGGAAAAUACAAUAAACUUUUUGAGCGAUGGAGACUGGAGGAAUGCCAUCCUAGUGGCUGUCUGAUAGACCUCUGCCUCCAGAUGGGAGUCAUCAUGUUUUUGAAGCAAAUAUGGAACAACUUCAUGGAGCUGGGAUAUCCGUUAAUCCAAAACUGGUGGUCACGACAUAAAAUCAAGCGGGGAAUACAGGAUGCUUCUAUACCACAGUGGGAAAAUGACUGGAAUCUUCAGCCCAUGAAUAUUCAUGGACUGAUGGACGAGUACUUAGAAAUGGUUUUGCAAUUUGGUUUUACCACUAUCUUUGUUGCUGCUUUUCCUCUGGCCCCUCUUUUGGCUUUGUUAAACAAUAUCAUAGAAAUCAGAUUGGACGCAUAUAAAUUUGUGACCCAGUGGAGGAGGCCUCUGCCAGCCCGAGCAACUGACAUAGGUAUCUGGCUUGGAAUUCUUGAGGGAAUUGGCAUAUUGGCUGUGAUCACCAAUGCAUUUGUAAUUGCUAUUACAUCUGACUACAUCCCACGUUUUGUCUACGAAUACAAAUAUGGCCCUUGUGCAAAUCACGUAAAGCAGAAUGAGAAUUGCCUAAAAGGAUAUGUCAACAACAGUUUAUCUUUCUUUGACCUGAGUGAACUUGGUAUGGGAAAAUCUGGUUACUGCAGGUACCGAGACUAUAGAGGCCCGCCUUGGAGUUCCAAACCCUAUGAGUUCACGCUGCAAUACUGGCACAUCCUAGCUGCUCGACUGGCCUUCAUUAUCGUGUUUGAGCACCUCGUUUUUGGGAUUAAGUCAUUCAUUGCAUACCUGAUUCCAGAUAUACCAAAGGGCCUCCGUGAGCGCAUACGGCGAGAGAAAUACUUAGUCCAAGAAAUGAUGUAUGAAGCUGAGCUGGAACAUUUGCAGCAACAGCGGAGAAAAAGUGGACAGCCUAUUCACCAUGAAUGGCCUUAGACUGUGCCUGUAACCCAAAAGGGGAGGUACCAUUAGUGUGGGAAUGAGACCCUUGAAAUGUAAAUGGGAUCCAAGAGGAAGGUACACUUGGCAAAACUACAUGUAUAAAAUACUACUUGGAAUACGUCACAGCAGCCUCUGGGAUUUGGAAUGCUCAGAUUUCUAAGGAAAGAAAGAUUUGUGACCUCCAAAGGGAUGCAAUUGAAAUGGCAGGGAGCCAGGCUCUGAUGCUCAGAGCAAGCCCUCAGGGGAUUUCUGGGUUUCCAGUUCACCAAGUUCAAUCAGCUGCAGAGCAAAUAGGAAAUGUGGUGGCGAAAUUUCCAGAGGCAGAUUUCCACGUAAAUGUUAACAAACUGGUCAUACUAAUCAGAUUCUAGGAUGGUCACUUGAGUUCAUAUACUCACAAGAAGUGAGUGAGAUCAGAACUCCAUGUCCCUUCAGCUCACAGGCUAGUGGAGUUGGUUUUGUGCACUAGCCUUGAGAUAAUAGGUUAUGCACAUGGUAUUUGUGCUGCUUUGUGUUGACUAUGCACUUAAACAGUUGAACAUCACCAUAGUACUCAAAACUAAACCCAAAACCUAAGAACACCAUUGGAGUAAUUCUAUUAUAUUGGCUGUGUUUAAGUUUGCUUUAUCACUCAGAGUCAAAUGCACUGCCCAUUUUUAUUAAUGAAUGCCAAUUGAUCCACUUUAAAUAUUUGAAUGCCUAUUCUUUUAUCAUUUAGACAUGACUAGUUUGUACUUUACUGAAGAAGUCUAUCUUACAUUCUAUUCCAUGUGCCGCUCGCUGAAUUAUUACACAUCUCACAGAACAUCAUGUUGAAACUGUGUAAAUAUGUCGAUGUCCCUGCAGUAUUUGCACUUUUACAUUGUGUAAUGCAAGUUCCAGCUUAUGGAGCUCUACAACCAGUUACAAGGAUGCUACUGUAAUCUGUUCAUUCAGGAAAUCCAAAGCCAAAUGUUCUGCAGCACUUUAUAUACUUCUUCUAUAGUGUGCACUAUCAAUUAUGAGCUAGUGAAAUAAUGCAUGCAUGUAGUGUGUUAUUUGCAUAAAAUACCUUUCUGAGUUUCACUUUUUAGUCAUGAAAUGGAAGUUUCUGGCUUUUGUUUUGUUUUUGAUGUGCUGAUUUUAUUUAAUUUCAAAACUCUCUCGAAACAAAGUCAAGUUAAUUGUGAAGAUCAUAAUUUAAUUUGUUGUAGAAUCCUUAUUUGAAUGUCAAUUUUGUCUGCACAUUGAUGGAGUACAAAUGAAGGGGUAUUCAAUUAAAAGAAGUUCAGAGGAGGUAUAAAUUAAGGGGGUAGAAUAGAAGGAAAGGUAAGGGGUGAAGUAGAUGGGCUUAUGAUAAAAAAAUCAAUACACUUUCCCUUGAAAAACAAGAUGGUCCAAGCUUUUAUCUCUUGAGAAUAGUGUGAGGAAAUCACACAGAAAACACACAUAUACACAUAUACACAAAGAGAGCAUAAUUUGUUCAGUUUGGUUUUGUUCAGUUUAUCCACAAACAGAAAUAUUAACAAAAUUCAAAAUAUUGAAUUAGGCACACUCCAAACUAAAACUACUUUACGCAUAUUAUUGAAUCUCUAUAAGGAAGUUAGUUUCAAUUACUGAAAGUGUGCUGUCCUAAUUCUAACACUUAAAAAAGCUUUGUUGUCUUGAUUAUGUUUAUUUUAUAGUUUCUACCAAGGACAUUCACUUUUCUACUUUUCCUAUAAUUCUGGGUCAGGUAUAUGCCCUGGGACUCUAAUAUGUGGGAAUGUAGCUCAGUGGUAGUGUAUGUCUAGCAUACACAAGGCACACAUAGACUCAACUCUUAGCACCUAUAAAGAAAGAAAGAAAUAGUAAAUUAGAGAUAUGUUGUAAAUUCCUACACAAAUCCUUGCUCCUGGGACUCUUCCAUUGCAAAUAUAAUGGUUACUUCUACAAACUUUCCAAAAGAGAUUUCAGCCCCUCUAUAUCAGAUCAUUUGUGCUCCCCUUUCUUUAUUAAUUAAGUAUAUACACAUGCCUGAACAUAAUAUUUUGUUUACCUAACAUUUACAUCUUUUCCAAAUUAGGAAUACAAGACAGACAUAUGAUUUACAGGAGGACAAACAAUAACAGCUAUUUCCUUAAAAGUUCCUUUUCUAGGGUUUUCUACAGUCCAUUGGGAUUUAAGUCAUACUGAUUGAUAUGAACAGAGAAUGAUAUUUUACUAAAAGUUGUAGUAUAUUAAUUUAGAAAUUGCCUUUCCUGAUAUUUUUGAAACAGAUAUGAGAAAACAGAGAACCAAAUAAAUUGUCUGAAAUGUUUUUUGAACAGUUGCAGGGCAAUCAACCUUGUUUCCAUCAUAACUGACAGUAAAACGCAGACAGCGCCUCACAGUAUGUUAACUUUAGAUCACUCUGCUGAAGUAGAGAGAAAUGUUUUAUACGUGCUUUUCAUAUGAAUAUAAAUUAUUUCUCAAAGAUUUAUAGCACACACUAUUCUCAGGAAUCUGUAUGAUGUGAAUGCUGCUCAUAUAUUUUCAUAUUCUCACUGGUUAUCUUUUUAUGCUAAUAAUUAAUGGAUACGUGCAUGAGGUCUGCCUUGACAAGUUGUGCAAGUCAUUUUAAGUCUUAACUGUAAUAGUUCUCAAUCGUCUGAGCCUGGGUAGGCACUUUUAGAAGAGACACAGCUGCCUGGCUGCAUGAUGAGAUUCAACUUGAAUGAUAAACGAUUCUUGGCACAAUGUAGUAUACAAUGGAAUGAAUAGAAAUUUUUUUCACUCAAUAAAUAAUCAUUUUUACUAUAAUCCGCACAUUACAGAUUAAUCUGCUUAUUCUUUAAAUAUUAAAUUGGCAUUUGUUGAAUGGGUGUGGGCUGGAAAAAUUGCACAUUCUUUGGCCUCUCAAAGCAAAAGUUUAAUUAUUCAUAGGGAAACUCACCACAUUCCGACUAUAUCCUGAUAUUUUCAUCUUAAAGUCUUUCUCAGUACUGAGGAGAUGGCUCAAUGGGCCAAGUGUUUGCUGCACAAGCUUGGUGACCUGAGUCUGGAUCAUCCACAGUUACAUAAGAAGCCAAGCAAGAUAGUCUGUGACCCUAACUCUAGGGAGGCAGAAGGAGGAUGAUCCCAGAAAUCCAGCCAAAGUGGCUAAUUGGUGAGCUCCAGAUUUAAUGAGAGACCCUUUCUUAAAAGACAAGGUAGAAAUCAAAACAAAACACUAGACAUUGACUUCUGGGCUACACACACAGUCAUAAACGUAUACAUAAAGACACACAAACAUACACACUCUUCACAAAAAGUAAUAAGUUUGUGCUAGAAGCAGUAGAGAAAAUAGAUUUGAUUAGGUCAUAUGAUGAAGAAGGACGCUUAAAAGAUAUCCCACACUAGGUCAGAAUUGAGAACAAUAGAGGGUUAUUUAUUUAGGGAUAGGCUCACAAAUCAAUAUCCUCUGCUGGAAUAGAGAACAGCAACCGAAUCCCCCAGCUGGAAAAGAGGCUGGACACCUGCUUUUCAUCAGCCUAAAUAGUAUAAAAGGCCACGCCCAAGUGGGCAAGUAACUUAAAGACUACUGGGUGUAGGAUUUCCUCUAGCAAUAUGAGAGCAAAUAGGCCUCUGUCACACCCAAUCACUUUCUUUCUUCACAUACAUGCUGCCUUCCCCAAUUACUAUUAAAAUUACCCAGGGCAAAUAAAUCUUUAAGAAAACAUAUUUGAAAAGAUGGCUCAGAAGAUAAGAGAACUUGAUGCGCUUGCAGAAGAUUCCAAUUUGGUUCCCAGCACUCAUUUGGUGGUGUAAACCAUCUAUAACUACAAUUCCAAGAGAUAGUGCCCUUAUUCAGUUUGGGGGACAUGAGGCACAUAUGUGGUAUGCAAAUAUACAUGCAUACAAACCAGGCAUAUACAAAACACAAUAAUUAAUAUUCUUUUAAGGAAGAAAGCCUUUUCUUUAGUCUAUGGGUCCAUGGGGAUAGAGUCCUCAUGGCAGCAAAGGCAUAGUAGCAUAGAUGCUAACUGGUUCCAUUUUUCAUUCCUACCCAGGAAGCAGAGUGAGGUGACAGCAAAUGGGUUGAUGCUAUAAACCUUCAAAGCCCAUCCCCAGUGGCAUACUUUGCUCAACAAGAUUCUACCCCCUACAGGUUCCACAGCCUCCACAAACAGCACUACCAACAGGGGACUAAGUGAUCAGACACAUGAACCUACAAGAAGCAUUGCUCAUUCAGACCACCAGAACAUGUAAGAUGGUUGGGGUAGUUUGAAUGUAAUUGACCUCCAUAAUAUUAUAGGGAGUGACACUACUAGGAGGUGUGGUUUAGUUAGAGUGGGUAGGUCCUUGUUGGAGGAAGCCUGUCACUGUGGUGGCUUUGAGGUUUCCUAUGUUCAGGAUAUCAUCCAAUGUCUCCAUUGGCUUCCUGUUGCCUGCAAGAUGUAGCACUCUCAGCUCCAGCACCACAUCUCCCAAUGUGAUACCACAGUCCUUGCGAUGAAGAUAAUGGACUAACCCUCUGAACUGUAAGUGAGCCACCCCAAUUAAAUGCUUAUCCUUGUAAGAGUUGCGAUGGUCAUGAUGUCUCCUCACAGCAAGAAAAACCCUAAUACAACCGUUUAAUGGUGUGAACCAAGGAAUUGAGGAUUUGAACACUGUUCUGACAAUCCAUUGUGGAAAUGACCAGCACAAUCUCCCUGGGAUGGGAUAGAAAAUUAGGCACAAAAGCAGUGCAAGUCAAGUAGGAGAUUCUUAACCUAUAGCCAAGAAUCACCAGCUUACCCAUUUUUGGUUUUAGACUUGAUGGUUCAGGUUGAAAAUCAGUGCAGCUUAUUGAAUAACUUAGCUGAUACAGCUCCAUAGAUUAAUUGCUCAACUAGGGGCAAGAUUAAAAAAAUGUCAUCAGACAUGUGUACUCCAUUUUCCCCAAAUUACAUGAUCAUGAUGACUUCCAUGGUUUCAUAUAGAGAGUCAGUUAACAUCAUGCUAAUUUUUAUCCCAUAAGCACUUCUCUUCAAAAUGAAGUGUGCCAACAUUGCAAAGUCUAAAGGAAAGAUUAAUUGAGCUUUAGCUUGAAUUAUUGAUCAACUCAAGUUCCUGAUUAAGUUGCUUCAGCAUUUCUUGACCCUGUGUCAACCCUUCUUAAUGGAGAACAGUCAGCACGCAGCUUUCCUUAUGACUUUUCCUAAGAAAGGGCGGCAUAAUUUUAGAGCCUAUGUGCCCUGGCUUCUUCAAUUCAUUUUUCCAGUUUAAUUCUCUGCAUGUAAAAAAUGACAGUAUGUUUACAUCUCUUCAUUUAUGAAAAAGCAAAAUUCCUAAAUUGCUAGUUGGAAAAGAAAAAUAGGAGAUAUAUUUGGAAAACUUCUCAGAAUCAUAAUUGUGGUGUGGAUAGCCAGCCAUACAAAUGAGUCUUACAGUCGCUAUUCUACCUAAUGCUACUAGUUAAAGACCUUAGGCCAAAUUCAGUAUUUUUUUGAAACAAGACACCAUUUUUCCUGGUGUCUUUUCUAAGUGAGAAACAAGGGAUUGAAUGAGCAGAAAGGAAAACAAACCCAACUGCAAAGUUUUAGUGGACGCAAUCCUCUGGAGAUGGUGCGGGCAAUGUGGAAAUAUCUGACCUAGGUAGAAAAGCAAAAACUCUUUCCUGGGGCUUCUUUAGUUUCCAUUGUGAAUGUAUCUUUCUUUUUCUUUUGAUUCAGAUAAGCAAACAAGUUCAGUUCAUCUUUAAACACUUAAAAAUAAAUAAGGUUCUUUUUUAUCCUGUG